AUGCAUCGUGGAAGUGUGGUGUCAAGCUCUUCGGAUGCGCCAGUGAAUUAUAGUCCUGAUUUUGAUUCGUCAUUACGGAUUAUUUCUCAAAAGCAGAAUUUGAAUCAGGCUAUUGAGGAAGCAGAAAUAGUAGCACGAAGCCUAGCAUGGUUCACCCCCGAACAAUCGAUGGCGCUAUGGGACGCGGCCGAACACUUAUUCCACCACGAAACCUCCGAGGACGCCAGGAGAUGUGCGGCUAAGUUGUUGGAGUCGGUCGCAGCUCGGCAGGAUUUGCCUCCCCCUGCAAGACGUGUCAUAUUUGACGCCAUCAUCUCGCCAGGCGAAAAUGACAUGAUCGCUGCCCGUGUCCAGUCGCUAAUUGCACUUUCUGACCAUGGCCGGAAGCUCGACUUCACCAACUCGUCUAUUCUCCCUUUCAUCUCGUCUUGGAUUGUGCCACUAUACAUGACCAUCACGACAACGCGCUCGAAAGCGAAGAAAGGAAAAGCACUCAGACCUAACGAGCUUGUUCAAGAUGAAGCUGCGUUGGGGGAUCUUUUCCAGUUUGCUGUAGACCUCAUUACGCUUCAGCGCAGACCACCGACAUCAGAGGAAAUCGAGAUUCUUCUGGCGGAGACGUUCGCAAUCUGCAGAAAGACUAGUGUUGCUGCCGACAUUAAGAAUUCACUCGCUAUCUUCGAUGCAGUUAUCUCAUAUGCCACGAUACCAGAUGCAAGCUUUGUUCCUCUUCUGGAAGUUCUCUGCAGCAUACAUGUCUCUGUCAGAUCGCUUUCGGGGCCCACCUCGAGGGCUGUCCGUAGCCUAGCGAAGUCAUCGAAACAGGCUGAAAUGAUAAGCACGCUCCAUCAGUUUCUCAGAGAAUCGUGCACCGACGACCAUCCCCGAAACUUGAAUGUUCACCGAGGGGCAUUGUACGCCUUUUCAGAUCUCGUACGCGCGUACGGCCAGGCUGGGCUUCCUGAAAUUCCCUUUGAUCAACUAGUUGAUUCCCUCAUGAUUAUUGCCAGUAAGGAUGACGGCCGAGUCGAUGCUGACAUCCUGGAUCUUUGUUUGACUGUACUCGAGAGCGAAUAUGUUCGGGUUUCGCUUGCCUUUGACUGGACGCUUUUUGUCGAUCUUCUGCUUCUUUGCUCAAGACGACUUCAUGAUGAAUACGAAGAAUCGCUAUCCUUACCGACCAGUCCACCUCACACCCACGCCAAGUCCACACACGACGAUCCAAAGUCCCAUAUUCUUGCUAAUGUCAUCCGAAUCACUUCGAUGAUUGAAGCUCAGUGGGAUCAGCUCACCAAGGAACAGAAGCAGCAAGCAGUUCGAUUCCUAGCAAGAAAUCAUCAAUACAUUGACUCCUCUCAGUCUGAACUCAUUAUCAACAUGACGAGAGAAGAUACCCUAUGCCGACCAUCUGAGGAUACUGGGUGGAUACAGCACUGUCGCGAGAUUAUUGAACGUUUCAUUCAGCCACGAAAGCAAUCUUCAGACAUCCGCAUCCUGGCCUUGGAUACUUUAAAAGAUGCUCUUGCUGGGAAUGAGCGGCUACUCUUUUCAGAGGAAAGCGGUUUGUUGGAUCUAUUGAUCACUGACCUGGCCGGGGAGCACGAUUUGCUUUUCUUGGAGUCGCUAGUUUCAUUUAUCGCUGAGCCUGCAGUACAUAUGAAUGACGAUGCGAUAUUCAAGCGCCUAGUUGAUUCAAUCGCCGCGCCGAUGAGAAACGACCCGGGGAAGAAUGAAUUGCCCGAGAUUUCAACAAGCAAUGGUCCUCGCCGCACAUCAACCAGUACACUCGAGCUGAGCCUCGGCAAUGUCUGUGCGGUUGGUCUAGUAAAGAUGAUGAUGCGCGCUUUGAACACCUCAGCAGCAAAAUCCAUUGUUCUUUUUGAAGCCCUGCUGUGCAUCGCACAGUCAGCCGAUCGACCUGCGGACGCUCGUUUGACCGUGCUGAAACUACUGUUCCGACUUCGUUGUGAUUCGGCUGGAGCAAUAACAGUGGUUUCAGCUUCAGAACAUGAUUUCCUCAUGAAUGUUUUAGGCCGAAAUGUGGACGUGACCUCUCUGCUACAUCAAGGCAGCGAAAUUCCAACCAAGGAAGCUUCUCUACAAGACAGCUACCUUGCAUCAUCAGGCGGGAAGUCAUUCAUCAAGGAUAGUCCUACAAGCGCCUUCUCCAAGUCAGGGCCUCGAGGCUCUAUUUCAGCUCGCUCCGCGAAAAUGACGCCGCCCGUGUGGACGUAUUCCCAGACGCAGGUUCUUCCAGAAGAGCCGUCAGAGGAUUCCAGCCCGUUUGUCUUUGCGCAUUUGCAGUGUGGCGGAGCCUCGGCGUCCGCUGAGCCUCCACUUGCCCAAGGUGUGUUGAAGGUGAACAUGUGGGUUGAAUGUAUAAUUUCAAUUCUUCAACGGGAAACAGAUUGGGACGUCUACAGCUAUGUUCUCACUCAUCUUGGCCCUCAACUCAGCAACAGAGAAUAUUUCAGCAGUUCAAUCCCCCAGAUCAAGCUACUUCGCAGCAUUCUUUGUGAUCAGGUCAAGAAUGAAAGUUUCCAUGAGCCGCCCGCAACCACUGGUCUGAAAAAGAGUGAUGUUGCUGCAUGCAUUUUUGACACACUUUGCAUGUUAGUCAGCUAUCACGAAUAUUUCGCUAAAAGCGAAGAGGAUGACUUAGUUCGGGCUUUCAUGCUUGGAAUCGUUGGGUCAUGGGGGGCAACGUCACGGGGGUGCAUUCAGGCGCUUUCGCUCUGCUGUCACGAAAUCCCCCUAUCAGUGACCAAGUCUUUGAAUGUCAUUUUGGACAAAAUGUCCAAGGUGAUCACUAUGUCCAAUAUUGCGGUUCAUAUUCUAGAGUUUCUGGCAUUGCUUGCGCGUCUGCCGGACGUUUAUGUGAAUCUUCGGGAUGAAGAAAUCCGUACUGUUUUUGGCAUAUGCAUACGAUUUCUGCAAACCUCAAGAGAACAGGAACAACGCCACAAGGCAUCGGAAUCACCGGCAGUACGGAACCCGCAGCAAACGCCACCAAGGGCAGUGGGAAAUAUAAAAGACUCAGCUUCAAGCGCGACUGACGCAAAUGAGGUACCGUCGCAUGAUGCGAUGUCGAAGUACAUCAUGACCCUGACAUACCAUGUGAUGGUCUUCUGGUACUUGUCUUUGAAACUUCAAGACCGCGCAAAGCAUGUCAACUGGAUCACCAGCAGGCUCAUCUUUCACGAUGAACACGGCAAGGAAGUAGUCGAGGAACAGAGCCAGGUUUUCAUUGACCUUAUGCAGCGUGUGGCUUUCUCCGACCUGGGAGAAACGAUCCCCUAUGAGACUUUCCCUCCAACCCCCGAAGAUGGACCUGUUUCGAAGAGGUCGUGGGUUGUCGGUAUGAGCAUUGUCACCGUUGAGACAGCUGGAAUAUCUGGCUUGACACAGCUCGCAAAGCGACAGGCGUCAGGCACAACGUAUUCUAUGUAUCAACAACGAACCGCACCUGUUCUCCCACAUCAGGCUACAACCUCUGACUCUCAAAUGCGCUAUGAUACUUCGCAUGUAGCGAUUUUACCCAGUCACAUCAUGCUUCAACUUGCCGCCACUGCGUUUCCCACCCCAACUGUGAUGCAGCCCAUUCCUGUACCUGAGGAUGAUAUUACCAGGCGAGCUAUCGCCAAUUUUGAUCGCACUGACAUUGUUGAUGGACACCGAAUUGGCGUCGUUUAUCUGGAUCAUGGCCAAAGUAAAGAGGCUGAAAUCCUUGCCAAUACCAAUGGUUCCCCCGAUUACGAAUUCUUUUUGUCUGGACUCGGCACCAAAGUCUCUCUAAGAAACGCUCAGUUCAAUACUCAAGGUCUUUAUGCUGAUACUGAUGGGGAAGCAACCUAUGCCUGGCGUGAUCGCGUAACUGAAAUUGUGUAUCACGUUGCUACGAUGAUGCCUACAGACUUUGACCGUGAUCCUCAUUGCAUCAACAAGAAACGCAACAUUGGCAACAAUUUUGUCACCAUCGUUUUCAACCGAUCCAAUUUGCCAUUCAACUUUGACACAAUUCCGUCUGAGUUCAAUUCCAUCAAUAUUGUGAUCACACCUUGCAGCAGGAUUGCAUAUGAUGGCUCCGGGGCUCCAGUUGGCGAAAAUGAUCCAGAAAGGCUUUUCUACACCGUCAGGGUGAUGAGCAAACCAGGCUACCCCGAUGUAUCACCCGCUGCAACCCCUAAAGUCAUAUCUGGGAAAAACCUUGCGCCCUUUGUGCGGAUCCUGGCUUUGAACGCAUCGGUUUUCUCUCUGGUAUGGAACAAUAAGGGCGGCGAGCACGCAUCGUCGUGGCGCACCCGGCUUCGCGAGAUCAAAAAGGUUCGCGAAAGGGCCCUAGCAGCCCAAGCUCAAAGUGCAGAGGCCACGGAGGGCGCAUAUCCUGGCCAACGUCGGAACACUAAGCCAAACAUUUUCUCCGAGGAGCUUUCGAACCGAUCCGCCCGAGUGCAGACUGACUUUGCUUCCGAGUGGAAUGCCGCAUCCGGCACAAACAUCCUUCAAAAUCUUGAUUUCUCCCGGUGGAGCCGUUGA